AUGGCAGUAGAAAACAGAUGGGAUGGUAAGAUGACGUUCAUUGUCAUAUUUAUUGCUUCCCGUUUACUGAUUUCUACUUAUUGCUUUACUGCACUGAAACAUAAUUCUCUUGGGGAUAUCAUCAAUGACGACAUAGUCAAUUUGAAGGAGUCAUCGAGUGGAGCAGAAAUGAAAUUUCCAGCGAAACCAGUUUUUUUGAAGAAGCAUGGCAUCGAAGGUCUUAAUUAUAAUCUAGACAAUAAAUCCCGUCCCUUCAUUUACUGUGAUUUUUAUGAUGUUAGUUCAUGUGAUCCUAUGGAACGGAGUUGUCCGACCACGAAAAUGUGUUAUGCUUCAGUAAACGAUCAUCGCUUAGGUUGUAUGGCUGCUUUGGUAAAUAAUUCUUUAACACGGCAAGUAACUUUAAAAGGCUGCUGGAUGCAUGAUGGUAAUUUGGGUAACUGCGAUAACAGCCAAUGUAUUGCUGACGAACGACCAACUGGACAUGGUAAUGCUGCUUUGUUUUGCUGUUGUAGUACACACCAUUGUAAUAGACGUGUGCAAUUUCCGCCACAACGCGUAGCUACUCCACACCCAACUACAGUAGAGCCUACAGAAAUGGAAGAUCCAGGAUUCUUUGGUGCAGGAAGCAGAAUGUUCGCUAUUGUUAUUCUUGGCUUCUUUUCUCUUUGUGCACUGGCUUUGUUCUGCUACUAUAGUUAUCGAGAAUACCAAAAUAGUCGACAUUAUAAAGACAAG